CACCAAUAGCAUUCACAACUCACAUGCCUACUUAGUUUAUUUUUUUGUGUGUGUGUUUAUGAAGAGAGAGAAGAAGUGAAGAUAAGCACAAGGAGUGUCAUCUAGUCAGCUACUACCAAAUUUUCAGAGUGGACUAUUCUUCCUUUAUUAUAUUCUUAAUUACCGUGCCUUAUCCGACCCUCUCAUACCAAACCCAACCCAACCCAACCAACUAUAUUUCAACCAGCCGCGGCGACUAAACAACGACCACACCCUCAAAACCAUUUCCAACUACCAACUACUCUCUCUAUCACUCUCCCAUGGCUUCCUCUUCCCUCUUUCUCUCACUCUCUCUCACCCUUUGCCUUGUUUCCUCUCUCUGCUAUGCUCACAAAUCUUCCUUAACCCUACCUGUGACAAAAGACGAUUCAACCCACCAAUACCUAACAACCCUCUCUUAUGGCACCCCUGUUGAGUCUGCAAAAUUCGUGCUUGAUCUCGGAGGCUCAAUCCUCUGGGCUGACUGUGCAUCCAGAACCACCCCAUCUUCCACCCUUGCCCCAAUCUUCCACCGUUCAAUUCGUUGCCUCACGGCAAAGGGUCCUGAAAUUGAGACACAUAGAUGGCUCUCGAGUCUCGCAAAUCCCAUAGAUCAAGAUCAGCCGUGUCAAAUUCCUGCAGAGAACAGCAUCUCGGGGAAAAGGGUCACCGAAGGAGAGCUUGUGGAAGACUUAGUGAUUAAUCGCUCUCACGAGCUUCUCUUCACUUGCUCACCCACUCUUCUCUUGAACGGUUUAGCUACCGGUGCCAAAGGCAUGGUAGGUCUUGAUCGAUCUCGCACUUCUUUUUCGUCUCAGGUUUUUCACUCGCUUGGAACUCAGAGAAAAAUCACUCUUUGUCUCUCAUCCUCUUCUGGGAUUGUUCAAUUUGGGAAUGUGGCGCAUGAAUCCCAACCCGGGUCUGAAAUUUUCAGAUCUCUUACUUUCACACCCCUUGUCGCGAACCAAGACCAAACACAGACACACCCUUCCAUCAACGUUAACUCCGUCAAAAUCAACGGCAAAAAGGUUUCUUUCGACACCCCCUUGGGUGGGGGUGCUCAGCUGAGCACGGUGGUGCCUUACACCACUCUCCAAACCUCGAUCUAUGCAAACUUCGAAAGCGCUUAUUUGAAAGCCGCUUCGUCUAUGAGCAUGAAAAGGGUCGAUCCAGUUUCCCCCUUUGGGCUCUGCUUCGAAUCCAACGGCGUUGGAAGCUCCCAAGUGGGGCCCAACGUGCCGGUCAUUGAUCUGGUCCUGCAGAGCGAGAUGGUGAAGUGGAGCAUACACGGAAGAAACUCCAUGGUGCAGGUGAACGACGAUGUUAUGUGCUUAGGGUUUGUUGAUGGAGGUGAGAAUCCGAGGAACCCUAUUGUGAUUGGAGGGUAUCAAUUGGAGGAUGUGUUGGUGCAGAUUGAUUUUGAUACUUCCAUGGUGGGAUUCAGUCCUUCGCUUCUGACGAAGCAUGCUACUUGCUCUCAUUUCAAACCCUAGUUUUCUGGUGAAUCGUGAUGAUUAUAGUUUAUUAUUAUCCAUACCACAUAGUUUUUCUUUAGAUUAAGAAGAGUUUUGAGGAGUUUAACACGUUCUGUAAUAACCCUUUUAUUUUUUUUUUCUUUCUUUUUUGCUCUCCUGCGGUAUUAUCUGUAUAAACUGCUUAAGUGGCCUAUGUUAAAUGGCGAUGGCAUUUUUGAUGGCAUUUUUAUUUGAAAUUGAAAUACUUCUCCAGUAAGGAAAAUUUGGUUGAGUUAUGA